UUACCUAAGCGGUCCUUUACCGAGUUGAAAGACCUCUAAUUAAAAGGAGUUGCGCUGCAGACACACGGCGCGGGCGAUCUCCUUUUAUCGUUUCCUUCCGAACACGCUAUGGAAAGCAUGGCGCUAGAUUCUGAAACAAAACCAGUUAGAAUAAACCAACGUAUUUCAAUAUAGAAAUUAGAAACGUACUAUAAUAUGCUUGUUUUAGUGAAUUUAGAUACAGUUUAUUCGAAAAGGUUAAAUUAAAGAAGAUUUAAUAAGGUAGCUUCAAGAGUCUUCGCAGAAGUAGCAAAUUUUACAUGUUCGUCUAGCAACCUUGGGCCACUGUUUACAUCGGAGUCAACAUGGAGGUCGAGAAUAUGGGGGACUGCACGGACACGAAGGAAAAAGUCGAAAUAGCAUGCAUUUUGGCAAGGAUUCUUGCUGCAGAGAGCGAAGCAGACGCCGCAAAGGCAGUCAAAGACCGUAUUAAGCGGCAGUUGCUACUCAACGGGUGUACAUUUUAUGCCUUGGCGCUUCCCACGAGAGUCUGCAACCGAUCGACGUGGGCUUUCAUCCGCCACGAAAAGUGGUUCGAGGAGACUGUGCCUCACCUCGGUGGCCACAACUUCAAGCAGUCGUUUCGAGUGAACCCCUCAACGUUCCGGUUUCUCGUGGAAAGUCUGCGCCAUGUGCUCGAAAAACAAGUUACCAACAUGCGUGACCCGAUCACUGCGGAAAAGCGUGUCGCCAUUGGCCUCUACAAAUUGUGCUCUUCUGCCGAAGAUAGAACUGUGGCAAACCUCUUCGGCGUUGGGCGCUCAUCCGUCAACGUCAUUUACAGAGAGUUUUGCGCAGCUGUUGUCUCUGUGCUCGAAAGUGACUGGAUCAGAAUGAUUACUGAAGAGGAAAUGCCUAGGCACAUCCAAGAGUUCGAAGCCGUGUGCGAUUUCCCUCAAGCUGUCGGUGCCCUUGAUGGCUGCCAUUUCCCUAUUUCGCCUCCAAAGAAGUACGCCACCGACUACUACAACUACAAGGGUUGGCACAGUAUUAUCCUACUAGCAUUGGUCGACCACAAGUAUCGAUUCAGAUACUGCAAUGUCGGUGCCCCAGGACGCUGCCACGACGCACAUGUGUUUGGUGUUUCACGGCUGUCGAAGAUUGUCAACAGUCCCCUUUUCAAAGCACCUGUUGCCGCAGUGGGUACCACAGCAGUCCCACCGAUAAUAUUAUGCGAUCAAGCAUUUCCACUAACCCCAAACCUCAUGAAGCCAUUUGGACACCGAACUGUCAUCAGUGAAGCUGAAAGGAAUUUCAACUGUCAUUUAUCUGGAGCAAGGAGGAUAGUUGAAAACGCAUUCGGAAGGCUAAAGGCCCGGUUCCGUUUCAUUGCGAAAAGAAUGGAGUGUUCUGUUGGCAAUGCCCGUUUGGCUAUACGAGCAUGCUGCGUGCUCAAUAACAUUUGCGAGCACUUCAACGACAGUGUCCACCCACAGUGGUUAAGUGAGGUGCAGCAGUCCAAUGCUACAUUUCCACAGCCAUCACGCAGAACAGAAGCUGAAAUUGGAAAUGCAUCCGCCAUCAGGACAGCACUUGUGGAAUAUUACAAGCGAAGGAACUGAACGCAAGAGUCCCAAGAAUCAGCAACAAUUGUGGAACACCAUGUCAGUUUUUACUAAAAAACUUCAACAUUGCAUCUACAAGUUUCUCUUGCAACUUGAGCCCCUCUUUACGGAGAUCCAUUUCCAUUUUGUGCGCAUCAGCAAACUGCUCUCUCUGCCGUCGCUGCUCCUCAAGCAUCCUUUCUUGAAAGUCGCCAGCCGGUUGCCUUCUCUUCCUGCGGGCACAUUCGGAACUGCCACUUGCGAGGUUCCUGGAUUCAACCUGUUGUACUGGCGACUCGGAAGGUGAACAAUCUUCGGCGACGUCUUCACAAGAAGCAGAGCCGGAAUCAAGCAUGUCGAAGAUCAGCUGCGUUUGAAGAAGGGAUCCGAAAUACAUUGACCACAUUAGUUGAUGUGUGAAGCGGUAAACAAUUAGUUCAGGGUUUUUACUUGCAAGAGAGCUGCCUCUCCUUGCGUGUAUGUAUUCACGUUUUUUUAUUUUAGAGUCUGCAUUUUUUUUAUUCUCCAAACAGCGCACUGCCAAGCUUGCAAAAUGAACAGCGCGUGAGCACAAGCAGAAAUGAACCACAGUAUUAACAAGAGCAGUCCGCUACACUGCAGGGUUGUGCAGAUUAUGGGCUUGGCAGCACAGCUGAUGCUACAUUAUGUCUUGAAAUUUAGUUGACUGUAAUAAAGCAUAUAUAGUCUCCAC